AUGCCAGAAAACCUCCAAACAAGAYUACAUAACUCACUCGACGAGAUAUUGAAAUCAUCAGGAUACAUAUUUGAGRUAAUCGACCAAAACAGAAARCAAAGCAAUGUGAUAACUAGCCCCAACAACGAACUAAUCCAAAAAUCCAUAACCCAACUGCUCAACGGCGAAAUCCAAAACUUCCAUGCUAUUCUAGACCAAACAGUGUCGAAACUCAAUGAUGCAGAGUGGUGUCUCGGCGUUAUGGUUGAAAAGAAAAAGAAACUUGACGAAUUGAAAGUCAAAGAAGAAGAGGCCAAAAAGAAGGAAGAAGAGGCCAAAAARAAGGAAGAAGAGGCCAAGAAGUGUUUUAUUUUACUUUUCUGUCAAAUUUGCACUACUUUUAAUUUGUGUGCAAAUAUUCUAUUUUACUUGAUUUUUAUAUACUUUUAUUUUACAAUACUUUUUUAUAGGACUUUUUAUAUCUUUUCUUUAUCAACUCAUCUUUUAUACAAUAUAUUCUUACGAUUAUAA